CCACAACAGACAUCAGAGGCUGUACGGGUAGAAGAACUAAGAGGAAGCAUUCAGCCUGGCAGACGUCGAAAAAUAACUGCAGAUCUAGCUAGAUGAAACAUCACAUCUUACACCGUAGUCAAUGACUAUGGAAUUGCUGCAUCUCGCCCAUUAUUCUGUGACAGCAAAAGCUCAUAAUCAUUGCAGUCUUGAAGAAGAACGUUGAAAUACUGUUCUGCCGUCAAAGAUACAUCAUGCGAGUCCACUUGAGCAAAGGAUGCGGGCUUUUUCUCCGCCGCCCACGAGAGGCGCCUGGAUUGGGUCGCUUUGAGCCCGGAUCAUCCAGUCCAAAGCUGAUGUGCGGAUUGGAAGGGGUCAAAGAUGUCAAGCCAAGUUGGCCACAAGCCAAAUAUGGACUAGACCAGGGUGUAGCCCGCUACCGAUGGGUCGACGGCUUCCCAGUUCCGCGACCAAAGGGUAAUGAAAAGCACGGUCAUCGUCCGGGGGUGAACACCUCAUGUCCGAAAUUUUACUCAAAUCCCCAGCACUGGCCCGUUGGGGCUCCAUCGUACCAACACUACAAUGACCUGUGGCGUCUCAGAUCCCGUGUCAUGGUGUCACACAUGGAUGAGCGGAUCUCGGAGCUCAGUUUCUGUUCACAGCGGUGCUUGUUCAUAGUCUAUGCCAGGGUAGAUAGUAGGCAAGCUAAGCAUGACCGUUGCCACUCAGCACCAGAGGAGGGAGUGGAAGACGGGAUGAGCGUCUCAUUGGAUUAGACCGUUGCAGAGGGAUGGUGAAAUCCGAGGUCCUCAUUGUCACACCGUGAGUCGAGUCCACAGGCCUUGCAUGAUCUCAUUUGGCCCCAUUCAAUCAAUAGGCGAGCGAUAUUAUAUUUUAUUCUUUGUAAUAAUCUCCGUCAUAAAUCUUAUUAUAGUGAUUAUGCCAAUGAAAACCACCCAAGUG